AUGGACGACCCAGGAGCCAUCCUAGAAAAUUCAUCUACCAAUCCACUCCCCGGGAGCGGCGGUUCUAGCGGUCCCACCUCCCAGAGCAAGAGCGCGAUGGGCGGUUCCCGAUAUUCACCCGUCACCCCUCUCGCUCCUCUGGAAUUUCUGCAAAAUCAGCGCAGAGGAUCUAUUACCGAUCCGUCAUUGCAUGCUAGCCCGCCGAUGUCUCACUCGCAUUCCGGUGUGAACAGCAUUCCCCCAUCUCUGCGCGUAGAUCCUGUUUCUGGUAUCUCUGUCUCGUCGUCAUCACACGAACCACAACGCAAGAGUUCGUUCAGUCAUCCGAGGCCGGCGUCCCCGUACAAAUUCGGAGAAGCAUCAACAGAGAACGCUAACAUCCGGCGAAUAUUGAGGUCGCCCUCAAUAGAGGGAGGCGUUGAGGGCACGCGACGUGAUGAAGGUGGCGCAGAGCAAGGUGGAGCAGGAAGAGUGAUCGGAGAAUCUAGUAGGGUCAAGGGCACUGAUGGGAUGGAGAUCGAUGCACAUGGCAACGGGGAGUAUCAACAACACGAUACAGGUACGAAACGCAAGCUGUCUUCUACUGAGCAGCACGCACCGGACAUUGACCCGCAACUGGUUGGGCCGGGAGUGCCGAGCGAGGGGCGGGCGGCGAAACGGCGGGAGUCGGGGUACGAGACGCAGCGGAUGGGAGAGCUGAGCCUGGACGAGCGACGAAAUUCUGUUGAUGGGCGAGGGGGAGGAUGGUGGGGAGGAGAGAGACGAGAGAGCGUUGCAAGCACGUCGGUGAGCACGCCUCUGAGCGGGUACAGCACACCGGGCUCGGCAGUCCCCGGAGAGUCACCACGUGGUCGAGCAGGAGGAGGCAUGGCUACUUUCGCGUGGCCUGCCAACCCUCAGGCUCAUCCCGAUCAGGCUGCAGCCCAACAAAUGCAGCCAGAAGAACAUAAUGCGGACCUUCACACUCUCCAGUACGACUCCCAUCCUCCAAUGCCUCCAGUCGCUUUUCCGGCAGAUCGCAGGCUGUCUGCACCAACGAUAGCGACCGAGUCGCCGCCUAUACCCCCUUCCACAGGUCCCACCAGAGUCCUCAGGUCACGCUCCCGUCCUCCGUCGCGUGUUCGCACCGCAGCCCAAGCACCAAUCAAUAACGCGGGCCCUUCCUCCUCCACACCAACAACAGAUACUCCUCAAGUCGACGAUGCCCCCCAGCUAUCCCGAGAGCAGGGCUCUACUCCCUACUCGCGCUCGCCCGAACUCCGCGUAUCCCACAAGUUGGCCGAGCGGAAGAGGCGGAAGGAGAUGAAGGAUCUCUUUGACGAGCUGCGCGAGCAGCUACCUUCCGACAGAGGCAUGAAGUCCAGCAAGUGGGAGAUCCUGAGUAAAGCUAUCGACUUCAUUAUGAAUCUGAAGCAGAGCCAUCAGGACAUGAGCCGGGAGAUCGAAGUGCUACGACAUGAACUGGAUAACGCGCGACAGGGGAUGGCACCUCCUUUCCCUGGAGGCCCUCCUCAUGUUGUCUAUAGUCACGGUCCGCCAGUGGGAGUAGCGCCUUAUCCAACCCCCGGAGGCCCGGCAGGCCCGAUGCAUCCUCAUCAGCCACCACCACCACCACAGUCCCAGCAGGCACAUCCAUCCGCACCAGCUCCUGGGUCCCGACCGGGAUCAUCUCAAAACGUGUAUCCCCCGAGUGCACCACCUGCCAUGCAGCAAAACAUGAAUGGCAGUGCGUCUGGAGCCCCCCGGACGGAAACACCCUCAUGA